AUGCGAGUCAUCAUUCAGCGCGUUAAAAAUGCCGCGGUCAGUGUAAUCAAAGAAGGCAGCAACGAGACGGAAAAGCAGUUAGAACUUCUCAGCGAAAUACAAAAUGGAAUCAUCUGCUUCCUGGGGAUACACAAAAACGACAGUUGGAAGGAUGCGCUGUAUAUCAUUCGGAAGUGUCUGAACCUCCGAUUGUGGCCAAAUGGUAACAAAAGUUGGGAUAAAAGUGUGAAAGAUUUAAAUUACGAAGUUUUGGUUGUCUCUCAGUUUACCCUUUUUGCUAACACGAGAAAGGGAAGCAAGCCAGAUUUCCACCUGGCGAAAGAACCCAAAGAAGCACUAGCUAUGUACAACAAGAUGGUAGAACAAUUUAUCCAGGACUACAGUCAUGAGAAAAUAAAAACGGGCAAAUUCGGAUGCUAUAUGAACAUCCAAGUGACAGGUGAUGGGCCUGUUACUAUUUUUAUUGACAGCCACGACGUCAAUUUGGAUGGCUGA